AUGACGAUGCGGGAGAAUGGCGGCAUGGUGACAAGGACACAGAGAACUCGACUGCAAUCAGCAAUUGAAAGUAAUGAGUCAGACCAGCAAAAUAUUCGCAUAAUUUUAAAAAACAUAUGUUCUAAGCUUGACCAAUUGUUGCCACUUAAGGAAGUAGUAGAGGGCAUAGAGGAUUCCUUGCAAUUUUGGUCGGAGCAGUAUGAUGAACUGCGGAAAACUACCGAGAAACAUACCACCGCGGCGGGGCGGGAAAUGAAAGAACUCAGACGCCGCAUUGAAAUACUUGAGAAAAGCGAAAGCGAUGUUAAUCAGCUCCAAGCUGAAAUCAACGCCCUCGAAUGGAAAAGCCGCUGCCUUAACCUUCAAUUUCAUGGCAAUAAACAGACAGAAAAAGAAAACUUGAUUGACAAGCUAAACGAACUCGCCACACAACUUGAGCUCCCACAGCUAUCGGCAAACGACGUGGUCGUGGUUCACCGCCUACCGUCUAAGAAAGAUAAAAUCCCCGGUAUUAUCUGUCACUUUACCAAGCAGGCUGAUAGGGAUCGGUGGUGGUUGAACCGAAAUAAAUUACGUGAAAGGAAUGAUGCGAUCUUUAUGAAGGAAAAUGGGACUAAACGAACACGUGCUCUUCUGUUUGAAGCAAAAAACUGGGCAAAAGGGCAAUGUAACUAUGUGUGGCACAACAACGGUCGGGUACUUGUUCGCAAAGCAGACGGUGAGCAGGCGGUGGUGAUUUCUACCGCAGAUAAUCCGGGUAAAGGAGGCUAA